AGAACUUACAGUGAAUCAAUAAUAUAUUGUGAUACGGCCCAUUUACUCUCACGAGUUCCUCGAGCCAAGCCGAUCAGUGGAUUUGUGGAAGGGUACCAAGAAAAUAUCGUGACUCACGAAUAUUUAUCUCACCAUCGCGGCAAUUCUCACAGCGCCUGUAUCAGAGAGCUCUCGGAAAGAAGAAAGCCGAAGCGCAUUCGCCUCAACACUCAGAGAAGACUCAUUUUCUAGAAACACUUUCGCUACACCAAUUUUAUGAUGGCGGAACCCCCGUCGAAGCGCUCGCGGAGGACCGACAGUACCGCUAUGUGGGACCGGAACGACAGUGGUCCGAAGAGGGACAGAGAUCUCUCCUCAAGAGACCGCGAUCGAGACGAACGUGAUAAUGUCCGGGACCGAAGAUAUAGGUCAAGAUCAAGAGACCGAUAUGAGCGACGGCGGGAGAGAAGCGCGUCUCGAGAACGAUAUGGCGGUCGAGGCAGAGACGCUCCAAGUAACAGGGAUGUGCGAACAAGGGACAGGAGCUUGAGCAGAGAAAGACUCCGAUCGCGCCGAGAUGAGCCAGCACGGGGAGAUUCACAUCGUAAUCGCUCACGCUCACCUCGUCGUCGGGAUGGUCGCGCGAGAUCGAGGUCACCGAGACAGCAGCCUGUACAACGUCCGAGAGAUGGCGUCAAGGUGGAUGGCAGAAGAGGGGGGGCUAAAUCUGGACCGUCAGCCGCUACAAAGCAAGCGCCGGACGCAGAUCGGGUCAAUCUCCAAGAUGUCGAUAUUAAUGCUGACCAAGACAGCGUCGAGGCGCAGAUGAAGGCUGUCAUGGGAUUUGGCGGUUUCAAAACCACCAAGAACACCAAGGUUCCAGGCAACGACAUUUACAUGGUUCGGAAAGAGAAGAAGACGGAAUACCGUCAAUACAUGAACCGUGUUGGAGGAUUUAACAGGCCGCUCAGUCCGUCGUAAGUCUCAAACCUCUCUGAGGCGAUUUCAUAAUACGAUAGCUGACGCAUAUGAUCUCUAGGCGCGAGUAAUUGUUCAAUUCAGCUUCACUGUGUGGGAAAUUUUGCAUGAAAAUGUAUAUAUUAAUGGUUGG